AUAAAAAGCUACACGUGACAAUGAUGAUGAUAUUUUGACACAGAUGGUAUAUAAACAUAUUUGCUUUUAGUAAAGUAUUAAAUUUAGUAAUCAUUCAAUGAGUGGACGAGUGUUUGUAAAGUAUUUACAAAAACAAUUGGCUGCCGAUUGUGGCCGUCAUAACCGUAUUAUUACCGUUAAUUCUCGGUUAUUAACCGCAGCGCCAAAAGUAAUGCCUAAAACACCUGACACAAUGUUCACCACCGCAACUACCAUCACCACCAAUGAAACCAAAUACAUCUACGACCCGGCGAUCAUCAAGGGCCGUAACGCUGACCACUCCAUACACCCGCUAAUCCUGAGCCGUACGUCUCCGCGGGAAAUGACGGGUCAGGAGCUG